UUGUAUAAUUCUUAUAAGGACAACUUCAGUAUAUUGGAUAUUUGUAGGUGAUCUUAAUUAUACAUCUAUUGAAAUAAGCCUAUAGUUCCUACAAGUAGAAGAAAAUAAUUUGCUGAGAUGCUAGCUGGGGAUUCUUCCCGGAAAAGCCUGGAAGCGGAGAGCUACCGUACCAGAUUCAGUGCCUGGACGCCUAUUAGCAACAAGUCAUUAAAUAAACAGCUUUUUCAGGAAAGAGUUGCUCUUAUAAGUCAUUGGUUUGAUCUCUGGACUGACAAGCAACGUCAAGAAUUCUUAUUCACGAUUUUUUUACGAUGCAGUAAAUCACAGUUAAGGUGUGUCCAAGACUGGUUUUCAGAAAGGAUACAUAUGGCCAAAGUGGAUUUCUCUACAGUGUUACCACGCUUCAUUUCUCUAUAUAUCUUUUCCUUUCUGAGUCCAAAGGAUUUGUGUGCAGCUGCCCAAGUCAGUUGGCCCUGGAAGUUUUUAACUGAACAGGAUUGCUUAUGGAUGCCCAAAUGCAUUAGGUUUGGAUGGUUCCUUCCCUAUACUCCAGCAGAUAAUGAGUUUGGGGCUUGGAAGCACCAUUACAUUGCUUGUGUGUCCACCUUAGAUUGGCUGACACCUAGGGAAGCUGCUGCUAUUUAUGAUACACUGAAUGAACCCAAAACAGAAGAAGAAGACGAGCUAGAGGAGACACAAAGAGAAAAGUGCAUAAGAAGAAUAAUCUGGGAAAAAAUCAUACUACGUAAGAAGGAGUUAUUCAAAGUUCGACCCCCUUGGGUGAGUGGAACACGCUGCUCUAGUUUGUUAAAACCCAAAUGCCAACCACGCCUCUCCCAGACUGUGAGAGAACGAGUGGGAUUACAUGAAGCUUUGGAGAAACAGCUUGUUUUGGCAUCGUUAGAUGCCUUGCCCAAGCGAAGCAAUAUUUCUGGAAGACAUUCCUACCCUUUAUUUUCAAAGAAAAAUGGGCAUGGAGUUUAUAAAAAUGGUGACAGCUCUUCAUACUCUUUCCAGCCACAUUUCAUAUUAAUAUCAUCUCGAAUUCCUGCAUACGAGAUGGUGGUCGAAAGCGUUAAGGUGGGUGUCAUCUCGGUGGUGUAUGAACACAGUGGCAUAACCUUGGAGAGCCUGCUUUAUCUCAUAGAGAAAGCUCUGGAAGGGCGUAAGGUACAGAGCAUGGGAAUAUUCAGCGAUGGAGACAGCAGAGAAAUCAACUUACUCCAAGGCUGUAAAAUCGGUAUUAAAAAUUUGCUGAGGCCUGAUGUGAGAAACUUCUGGGAGAAAUUAGGAAGUUAUGUGGCUGCUGAAGAAGAAGGGGGUCACGUGGACAUCUUUGUGCCCCUUGGAGCGUCAGAGGCAGGAAUGGAAGUUCUUUCUCAGCUGGCUCAACUCACUGGCACGUUCUUUACUGCCCCUACCGGCAUUGCAACUGGCUCUUACCAACACAUUCUCAGUGACUGGCUGGGACCCCCGAGGAAAAGGGCGCCCCCUUCCAUCUACUUCAGCCAAUCAAAGCUGCAGACGUGGUCCAGCCUCACAGACUUCCUGGAAGACUCCUUGAAACCAGUCAGGAAACAGUUACGUCCUCUCUUCAAGGAGCUGCAGAAGAGCAUCAGCGGCAGGAUGAUAGGGCAGCUUAUGUUUGACACCAUGAGUGUGGCCCACGUGCUGAAUAACCAGGAGACUGCACAGGCUCUGGCAGAUGGGCUGAUGGAGCUGUCAGAAGAAAGUUCUGACAGACCUCUGGAAUUUUUGUCAUAUUUUCUGCUGAAGAAAUGUGGUAAAAAGAGCAAAGAUUUGGAAGGAAAUGUUAUUCUGACAAAAUGUGACCCAAAGGCAGCAUUCAAUGGAUUCAUGAAGGAAGGAAACAUCACAGAAGAUAAUUCUCAGGACCCAAAGUCAAGUCUCAGCAAAAACGAUCUAAAUCUUGAAGCACUGCUGAAACUGGAGAGCAAACUCCAGAUGGACUCAGCAGAAAAGCGAACUAGAGUUGUCAGGGAACUCUUACAGAGUGAGAGAAAAUACGUGCAGAUGCUGGAAAUUGUGCGAGAUAUUUAUGCAACGCCACUGAAAGCAGCAUUGUCAUCGAACAGAGCAAUUCUGAGUGCUGUAAAUAUCCACAUCAUUUUCUCUGAUGUUCUGCAGAUUUUAAGUCUCAACAGGGGGUUUCUAGAUAACCUGAGAGACAGACUACAGGAAUGGAGCCCAGCUCACUGUGUGGGAGAAAUAGUCAUAAAGUUUGGAAGCCAGUUGAACACAUAUACCAAUUUCUUCAACAAUUACCCUGUUGUUCUGAAAACUAUUGAGAAGUGCAGAGAAAUGACACCAGCAUUCCGGGCUUUCCUGAAGAGGCACGAUAAGACCAUUGUUACCAAGAUGCUGAGCCUGCCAGAGCUGCUUUUGUACCCAUCCCGAAGAUUUGAAGAAUAUAUUAAUCUUCUCUAUGCUCUGAGGCUUCACACUCCUGCAGAACACAUCGACCGUGGGGACUUGACCACUGCAGUUGACCAAAUCAAAAAAUACAAAAGUUAUAUAGAUCAGAUGAAGCAAAACAUCUCUAUGAAGGAUCAGCUGUCAGAUAUACAGAGAAUCAUCAGGGGGUGCCCCAUGCUGUCAGAAGUAAACAGAUAUCUGAUUAGGAUCCAAGAAGUAGCCCAACUUCACUGCUGUGAUGAGGAAAUAAGUUUCCCUUUAAGACCUUGGUUGACCACCGGUAACUGAAACUGUGAAAAACCAAACCAUGGAUAAAUGAUGACUACUGUACCCUUUAUCAGUCCUACUCUCAGGAAUCCUAUCUAAGUAACAGCAGAUGUAAGGCAUUUGUUUAUAUGUAAGGAAUCAGUUUAUUGCAACAUCAUUUAUAGAAAAAACAAGUGAAGAGGGAGAGGAAGAGAAAAAAGGGAAGGGAUCCAAGCCUCCAGAUAAAGCAAAAGUCCACCAAAAGUGGACACUCAUCAAGAGGGGAAAAGUUGAAUGAAUGAUGGUUCAUCCACACCAUGAAGUACUGUUUAGCCAUUAAAAAGAAUGAAUUAAAGUUAUACCAGUUAGCUUGAAGAGACUGCCAUUGCUAGGAAAGAAAGCAGGAAAAAAGUGGGGAUAAUCUUAGCAUUUUCAUAAAGUAAUGGCAACCUCCCCAUAAACAGAUGUGAUUACCUGAGCAAGUACAAAGAGUGAAAGGAUUAUGUGUGCUAGGUUGAGAACUUGGGUGACCUGAGCGAAGAGAAGAAUGAGCCAACCAGAGUGGAAAAGUGGAGGGAAAAGAGGGUACACUAAGUAAAAACCUAAGAGGCGGAUGUCACUUAAGCAUUUGGUAACACUUUAUGUUCUAUACUGACAAUUUAAAAAUUAAACAAAAAUGGUGAAGAUUAAAAAAUAAGAGAUUCCCCUGAACAAGCAUAAAUAAAUUGACUAUUCUUUAGAGUAACUUCCUUAGGGUUGCUUGAUGUUUCUAAAAGGAAAAAAAAAAUUAUCUUCCAUUAAAACAUUUAGCUUGCUUCACUUAGCCAUUCCUGGGGGGCGGUGGGACGGGGUCUCCCCAGCUCCUCCCUGUGUAUCACCUGGUGCUUGGCUAGAGUACUCACACAGGAUGGACAGCCCACACUAGAGCCCAGUGAGACCUGCCAGACACAGUGACCAGGCUCCAGCAACAGAAGAACAAAGAGAAUAACAGAUGGGAGGUUGAGGACAUCAAAUUUUGCCCCUUGAUAAAUAUGCUUACAGUUGACCACUGUAGCAACCUCAGUGAAAAUAAAGAACUAUUUGAUUUUUACCUUCCAUACUGAUAAAGUAUAUUAAGUUACCUAUCAAUUUCUUUCCAAUCUAAAGUAAAAAUUUUUAUAUUUACUUCUACCUAGCAGUUUAAUGCUUUCUACUAAGAUACCGCAUGCCACAAAAACUUAUUUUCUUUGGAUUGCCCCAAUACAUCAAAACACCAAAGUUUACCACCACAGCUAUAAUUUGAUUCAUUUCAUAAGGGAGGAAAAGUUCAGUGUUCAUCUUUCCCACAUUGAUUAUAAAAUACUUGCCCAAUGGACAAGCUCAAACCACUCCACCAGGAAUCCUGAUGGCCCACAGUUUUGGUCUAAGACAGAGAAGGGACUAAUCACAUCAGGAGGAAUAUUAUACUGAGAACUUCAACAAGCUGCUAAAAAGGUCUAUAGUGGGAUAAAAACCUUGACUAAUGGCUAAUCAGUUUCAAAACGGUUAACUAGUAACCAUAGGUACCUAUGUUAACUAGUAACAUAGGUACAAACAUGUGUGUACCUAUGUUACUAAAUCUGUCCCUUCUUCAUUUUAACCCAGGCUCUAUGAACACAUCCGUGACCUCAGCCUUUUUCUCUUCAAUGAUACACUGCUUGUGUCUAGUCGGGGAACAUCUCAUACUCCAUUU